UACGUGUUCGCACGUCAAACGGAAUGAAAAAUAAUGUUUAAAAUGUUUAAAUAUUUACUCCUGUUAUUUAUUCAGUGCUUGUUCUUUAAUAUAGGUGAAGUGAACAGUCAGGAUAUGUUGAAAGACAAUCUUCUUGGAGCUAUGAUUAACGAACUGUAUUUAUUGUACAAGGAUGCUUAUGAAAACGAGAAAACAUAUGUCACGCGAAGAUUUUUCACAAACCACAACCAUUAUACGUUACACGUACAAAAAUUAAAAGAAGUAAAUGGUUGGAAAACACACAAUUUAAAAGUUGAAUCAAAUGUCCCAUGGGGUAAACCGGUCGUCUAUAUAAAUAAUCCCGUAGAAUGUCAUAUGCCCAAUGCCUUUUUUUCUAGAGAACAAUUUCAGAAAAUUAUGCUUAGUCGAAUCGAAGAGCAAAAGAAAAGAUUUAGUAAAGAUAACAUUGAUCUAAUAAAAGCAAACAAAUACUUUGAAACACACACACCUCUACCUUCGAACAUAAAUGUAAAUGCUCACCAAGUCAUUGACAAAAUAAAGGACGAAAUUAUUGAUGCUCUUGAUAGUCAAAUAACACGUAAUAGCGAGGCUAUAAAUACAAGAACUACUGAAGAAUUAAUAAUUACAACUGUAUCAAAUAAAAACGAAGCUCAAGAAAUAUUAAGAGAUAUGUCCCCUUAUACAUAUAAAAAUACAGUUAAGAAAUCAACAAAAACUAUACCUGGCUUCAAAAUGACCAAAGAAAUGAAACUUACAGCAAAAAUGAGGCGUACACACCCUAGAAAUGAAAAUACAAAGUCAAAAACGACAAAGUCAAAUAUUUUAACAAGAUCACAUCUUGCCAGUAAUAAAAAAAUAAAACGAAAGGUUGCGACAACAACAAAUCCGAUAAGUAAGUUUGUACCUAUACCUGACGAAAAUAAAUCAGUGGAAGAAAUCAGUACAAACAUAAUGACAAAUAGUAAAGAGAUCAUAGAAAAAUCUUCUGUUCGUGACUUUCCAUCUACCGCACCGCUAACCAGUACUGAACCAACGAUAGAUGUCACAACUGAAGCAGUAGUUAGUAGCACUAAAGUAAUUGCGGAUGAAACGACAAAAGAAACAACAACGAGAGAACCUGAAGUUACUAUCACAAAGACAGAAACUACAAAAAAUACGGACAUCGACGUAACUGUUCAUUACACUGAAUCUACAGCAACGAUAACUAGUACUGACUCGACGACUGAUGCUACAACUAAAACAGUUGUUAGUGAUACCACAGCAACAACUGAAACUACACAGAGUACAAAAAGGAGGACUAGACAACGUAGACCAUACGUGUUCUUCAAUAAUUAAACAAUGCAACUCAUAGCGAAUCUGAAAAUAGUACCUUUAUCAGUAGGAUAGGUAUUAAUUCACUGUUAAUCAAUAAAUCCUAAAUUGUAUUUAAAUUUAGGUACUUAUUCUUCCUAAGUGAAAUAUUUUU